AUGGAUAGAGUCUGGUUCAAGCUUCGGCAGACUCACUACUCUCCUAGCCCAGUGGAAAAUAUUCUUGCUGGUGAUGGAGAUGACUCGCAAGCCCCUCUCUGCUUGGGCCACUGCAUCGCCGACCUGAAGCACCUGGACUUUCCUAUCAACGCCGGCGCCGUGGUGGCAUUUCCACAGCGUAUGGCCGUCUUCUCUUCUCAUAUCAUCGAUUUCAAAUGGGAGCGCAAACGUAGUUUUGCAACAUCUCUGGCUCUCGCCACCAACGCACCCGUAGCCGCAGCCUUAGGUUUGGCAACUGUCAAGGCCAGCGUCAGUAUUGCAUUCAAGAGGUCUGUUAGCCAGUACGAGGAGUUCAGCCGUCUCGACACAUAUAUUGUACAGCCAACUCGCCGCUAUGUCGAGCAGUGUUUGGAGAGAGAUGAGGUAAAGAAUUAUAUCGGGCACAAGGGAAACUGGUCUUUCUUCAUGAUUACGGGUCUUCGGGUGGCACGGGCGGGGAAGCGAUUAAAUACGACUACGAGCAAUGCAUUUGAGAUUAAUGCAGGACCCAAUGCCGAUAUACUAAAUGCGGCCACCGGUGACGUUACUAGCGACACCACAGUUGCUCACGAAGAUGACAUCAACGAAGGCCAGGUUUCUGAUUUUGUUUGGGCUAUCCGCCUCGCCAAGAUACACAAAGGAAUUCUUAUGACAGACUGGUCUAUUGACCCUUAUACCCGUCGCGCUACAUUUAGCGCUGAGAACAAUCAACAUGUCGAUGUCGGCGCGGUUGUUGAAAACGAGGGGUUAGAAUCCUUCCAGGUAGUUGAAGAUGAUGAUCUGGGCGAGGCUAUUGUGCUGGAUGAAGACCAAUGGACAAUGACUGAGGGCUGAAUUUGGUAGCGGCAGUCUAAGAAAAGAGUAUUUUCUCAAAUAAGGCGCCCUAACACCUUACAAUGAAGCAGAUUGCAUCUUAGAACAUCCACUUGACUUUUACC